AUGCUCACUCAGCAGCCACCACCAUGCUCGCGCUCCAGCCACCACCGUGCUCGCUCAGCAGCCACGACCGUGCUCGCUCCAGCCACGGCCGUGCUCGCUCAGCAGCCACGACCGUGCUCGCUCUGCAGCCACCACCGUGCUCACGCUCCAGCCAUGACCCCAACGCCGUGCUCGCUCAGCAGCCACCACCGUGCUCGCGCUCCAGCCACCACCGUGCUCACGCUCCAGCCACGACCGUGCUCGCUCCAGCCACUGCCGUGCUCACGCUCCAGCCACGACCGUGCCGCUCAGCAGGCACAGCGUGCUCGCUCAGCAGGCACGACCGUGCUCGUUAGAAAAUCAGCCACCACCAUGAUCGCUCCAGUCACCGUGCUCACUCAGCAGCCACCACCAUGCAGUCAACGCUCCAGCCACCACCGUGCUCACGCUCCGGCCACGGCCGUGCUGGCUCAGCAGCCACCACACGUGCUCGCUCAGCAGCCACCACCGUGCUCGCGCUCCAGCCACCACCGUGCUCCCCACGAGCGUGCUCGCUCCAGCCACCACCGUGCUCGCUCCAGCCACCACCGUGCUCGCUCCAGCCACCGCCGUGCUCGCUCAGCAGCCACCACAGUGCUCGCUCCCGCAGCCACCACCGUGCUCGUGCUCCAGCCACGGUGCCGUGCUCGCGCUCCAGCCACCGCCGUGCUGGUCAGCAGCACCACAGUGCUCGCUCAGCAGCCACCACCGUGCUCGUGCUCCAGCCACCACAGUGCUCGCUCAGCAGCCACCACCGUGCUCGUGCUCCAGCCACCGCCGUGCUCGCUCAGCAGCCACCACAGUGCUCGCUCAGCAGCCACCACCCCACCACCGUGCUCGCGCUCCACCCACCACCGUGCUCGCUUAGCCACCACCGUGCUCGCAGGACUCCAGCCACGACCGUGCACAGCUCCAGCCACCACCGUGCUCGCGCUCCAGCCACCACCGUGCUCGCGCUCCAGCAACCGCCGUGCUCGCUCAGCAGCCACCACCGUGCUCCCACGACCGCGCUCGCGCUCCAGCCACCACCGUGCUCGCUCCAGCCACCACCGUGCUCGCUCAGCAGCCACCACCGUUCUCGCGCUCCAGCCACGACCGUGCUCGCUCCAGCCAUGGCCGUGCUCGCGCUCCAGCCAUGACCGUGCUCGCUCUGCAGCCACCACCGUGCUCUCGCUCCAGCCAUCACCUUGCUCGCGCUCCAGCCACCACCAUGCUCGCGCUCCAGCCACGGACCGUGCCACCUCCAGCCACCGCCGUGCUCGCUCAGCAGCCACCACCGUGCUCGCUCAGCAGCCACCACCGUGCUCGCUCAGCAGCACCAC